UAUUCUUUUCCCAUUGCCGCUUUACUUUAAUUUCAGAUUUUUCUUAAAGAGCUUUGCUCGCUGCCUGACUCGUGGUAAAAAAAAGUGUUCAGUAAUUGUGAUUUAUUUGCAGGCUUAUUUAGAAUCCAACAUGUCAGACUGGGAUGAUGAGCCCUGUGCUAGUGGAGACUGGGAGAGUGCCGCCCCGGUUCGUAAGCCUCAGCAAGAUGUAUCCGAAUGGAGCGAUACUGAGGAUAAUGGCAAGGCCUUGGGCACGGGUAGCGGAGGAGGAUAUCGUGAUGAAGGGUAUGGCGAUGAAGGUGGCUUCCGUGGGAGGCGUCGUGAGGGUGGUGACGAAGAACGUCGUGGAGGUCGCGAUGGCUUCAAUCGCCAGAACGCCAAAAAUUGGUCUGAGACACGUCGUCGCGAUGAUGACGUGAACAACAAUAACGUGGUCCGGGAAGAUGGUGAAAAAAAACGCGAAUUUUAUAUCCCUCCUGAGCCGUCUACCGAUGAAACUGAGAUCUUCAGUAGUGGCAUUACUACUGGUCUCAAUUUCUCGAAGUAUGACAAUAUUCCCGUUAAGGUGAGCGGUGAGAAUGUGCCGCAGCCCAUUAAAAGCUUUGCUGAUGCUUACUUGUGUACCAUUAUUGGUAAUAAUGUUACUAAAUCGGGGUACAAGGUCCCAACUCCAGUCCAAAAGGUUGCCAUUCCUGUAAUUGCGGCUGGUCGUGAUUUGAUGGCUUGCGCCCAGACUGGAUCUGGAAAAACAGCUGCUUUCCUUUUGCCAAUCCUCAGCACUUUGCUGAAUGAGCCACGUGAAUUAGUGAUUGGAAAACCACAAGCAGUGAUUGUGUCGCCAACCAGGGAGCUGGCAAUUCAGAUUUUCAACGAAGCAAGGAAGUUUGCAUUUGGUACGCAACUAAAAAUCGGUAUUGCUUACGGUGGCACCUCUUUCAAGUAUCAAAACGAGAUACUUUCGAAAGGAUGCCAUGUUCUAAUCGCCACUCCGGGACGGCUGUUGGAUUUCGUGGAGCGAUGUUUUAUCACCUUUGAGGACACGCGCAUCGUUGUUCUGGACGAGGCCGAUAGGAUGCUGGACAUGGGUUUCUCGGGAAGCAUGCGUACAUUUAUGAUUCAUGACACAAUGUGUUUGGAACAUCAAACAUUAAUGUUUUCGGCCACAUUCCCAGAGGAAAUUCAGCAUAUGGCAAGCGAGUUUUUAAAGAACUAUAUUUUUGUAACCAUUGGUGUGGUUGGCGGAGCCUGCUCCGAUGUAAAGCAGACCAUCCAUGAAGUUAACAAGUUUGCAAAACGGGCCAAGCUAAUGGAAAUUCUUCGCGAGGACGCAGAUGGUACUAUUGUCUUUGUGGGAACAAAACGUGGUGCAGACUUCUUGGCAUCGUUCUUGUCGGAAACAGAAUUUCCGACCACCUCCAUCCAUGGUGAUCGUCUCCAGAGUCAGCGCGAGCAGGCCUUACGAGAUUUUAAAAAUGGCACUAUGAAGGUUCUUAUAGCUACGUCAGUUGCGUCACGUGGUCUUGAUAUAAAGAACAUUAAGCAUGUAGUAAACUUUGACAUGCCCAACAGCAUUGAUGAUUACGUGCAUCGCAUAGGACGCACAGGUCGUGUUGGUAACAGUGGUCGCGCCACCUCAUUCUUCGAUCCAGAUCACGAUCGUGGCCUCGCAGGGGACUUGAUUAAAAUCCUGAAGGGAUCUGAUCAGACUGUUCCAGAGUUCCUUAGUAAUUUAGCCGGUGGUGGUGGUGGAGGUGCUUGUUACGCCAAUAAUGACUUUGGAGGCUUGGACGUCCGUGGUAGGGGAAAUACGGUAUCCUAUUCAACGGGCGCCGAUACUGAAGAGGAUUGGGAUGAAGUCUAAAGUCUAUUUAGAGUUUUAACUCUAUCAAAUCAAACUAUGACAAGUUUCUUGAAAAUUACAUAAUUUUUUGUUUUUUUAUGAGUACUUCUUAUUACUUAACAAAAAUAAAUAUUCAUUAGAAAUACAUUGUUUAUGAUAUUGGC